AUGGUGGACGAGGAGGCGGGCGUCGGAGCAGCGACGAACGGAGCCAGGGCAGCCGUCCCUGGAGCCGGUGCGGGGGACGAAGCGGGCGCGAUCGGCCCGGCCACGCCAGGCAAUGGAGGAGGGACCGCGAUCGGCCCGGUUCCGCCAGACGAAGGAGGAGGGACCGCGAUCGAAUCGGCUACAGCAGGCGAUGAUGAAGCAGCCGACCGAUGGAGCGGCCCGACCACGGCAGGCACCGACGCAGCGGCCGAAGCAAACGGCCAUGGAGCACGAGGGGCAGCACCCAAGAAGAGACCAGCCGAGGUGGUGAUCGGGGCGCUGCUAAGCGGUGGCGGCGUGCGGCCGUCGAGAAGCGCCGCAAGAAACGGCGACACAAGGGGCCGCGACGAAGAGGAGGCCAUCACAGCGGUGGUGGAGGUGGUCGAGGCGGCGGGGCGCGUCGCGGCGGCGGCCGAGGAGGCCGCGGCGGCGGCGCACGUGAGGGCAGCGGAAGACAUGACCUAA